UCAUGCACAUUCAUAUAUCAUAGAUUAUAAUGAUUCCGAUGUAAAAGCAUUAUUUAAUGAUGAUGAAUGGAGAGAGUUAACUAAUGAUAGGAUAGGAAUACCAACAAUUCCUGAUGAAAUUGCUAAGGAACU